UUCAUGCAAGGAAGCUGGGAAAUGGCUUUUCCCGUCAAUCGCGCUCAAGAUCUUGUCACCUGUGACCUAUGCAACAAUCCCACACAACAAUUUUGUAACAAUUGUCAGGUCAAUUUAUGUGUAAGCUGCAUAAGCAAACAUGUAAAUAUACUCAAAUCUAUUAAACAUGAAAUCGUUCCCUUCAAGAACAAAAAGACAAAUGCUGUUUUCUUGGAGUGUAAACGUCACUGCCACCAGAGAUGCGUGGCUUCGUGCCAACAAUGUAAUGUUCCUGUUUGCAUAAAAUGUGUCAUCAGUGCUCACGAACUACACAACUUACACGAGAUGCCUCAAAUUUGCAAUGACAAAAGGACACAAAACGAGAAAGAGAUGCGAGCGAAAAUUGUUUGGUAUAAAGAACAAAGGAACGAUUUAAUCGAGCAGCUUGAUAAAUUGAAAAGGGAAAAAGAUGAACAGUGGCAUGAAUACUGCAAAGAAAUGAAGAGAAAGGAAGAAUGUAUUGAAUGGUAUAAAGCACAGCAACAACAAAAAUGUAAAGCAUACGAAAUUCAAAGACAAGACAUGUUAGAGCAAUUCAAUAUACAACAGCGAAUAAAGCACGAAGAGAUUGAUGAAUUGAAAAAAAGACUGGGAGAGAACAAAAAGGAGAUAGAUAGUUACAAGGAGAACAUAUCAUUAUUUGAUGAGCAAACGCAAAUAUUAAAGCAGGAACAAGAGGACAAAAUCAGCGAAUUAAAGAAGAGGAAAGAUGAAAAGAUAAACAAUCUGAAACACCGACUGAAAGAAGCAAAAGAAGAGUCUGAUCACUUGAGGGCUGCACUCUUAGAAGCGGCUGAUGAUCUGAAUAGAAUAAAAGAACAAUUACCAAAAGUAAUGCAACACUUGGAAUAUUUACAGAAAAAAGAACAAGAUAGGGGAGAGGAACGAGCGGCUUUAGAGCAGUCUUUGUAUAAAGACCUGGAUAAACUUCUAGAAUUUAGGAGACAACUUUCCAUCUUGGCGGAGGGCUUUAAACAUUCUAGAUCAGAUGACUCGUCCCAGGAGUACGAUAAAAGCAGGUCUGAGACAAGUCUGGAGAAUCCCAGUGGCUCUCAAAGGGAGCAAAUGGAUAGAGACAGACCUAGUGAGUUUGAGUGUCCUAAGUGCAAAUGGACCUCACGUAGUCUUCGACGCCUAGAGAGACAUGUAAAUAAAUGCCUUGAUCAGGACAAAGAAACCUCUCUUUAGCUGAUGAAGCACCUAUUAAAGAAGAUAAACAUAUUUUGAUAUCUUUUAAUUGUAUAUUCAUAAAUUUACUUGAAGAAACACGUGUAUACUCCAUUUUUUUUAUAUGAUUUCAACGCUUUUUAUUGAACAUAAUUGUUG